CACUCUUCUUAUAUUUCCCCACAGCGGUGACGAGGAUCAAGUAAAGGGAAGCAACAUCAGAUAUGGCGGCCGGCGCGGUCAAUUACGAGGGUGAUGAGCAAAUCUUCCUGCGUGCUUCCGAGGAACUUGGCUUCGUUAUCCAUCAACGCUUCGGUGAUAAAGCAUCUCCCACCAUUGACCAGUUGGCGAAGUUCUCGGAGAAACUGGAGCAACACGGAGCUGGCGAGGGCCUCUUGAAAAUGUUUCGCGCAGAUAUAACCAAGUUUGAGUUCGAGUUUUAUGAACGCAAUAAGUAAACACG